UAGGAACUAAUGAUUUGGUUAGGUUGUUUUUGACGGACAGUCUAAUGUUGUACCACUGGUCCCAUCUUGGUUCGAGAGACAGUGGGGAGCAGAGUGAACCGUCCAUAUUAUAGCUGCUUUGUCAGCACUUUUCAUGGUGAUGGACCCUCCUGGUGGGGGAGACGAACGGCGGAGGCAGGCAGAGCGUCUCAGACGGGAGGAAGCAUACUACCACUUCAUUAAUGAACUGAGCGAAGAGGAAUACCGCCUGAUGAGAGACAGCAACCUGCUGGGCACGCCUGGAGAGGUGACUGCAGAGGAGCUCCGGCAGCGUCUGGACGGAGCAAAAGAGCGUUUGUCAUCUCAGCCCCGCACUGAGCAGCGUUCACAGACUGCUGACAGCGCUGAACAGCAGAGUGGUAGCAGUGAUGGAGAGGAGAGAGGGACUGGAGGAAGGCGAGGGGGAGGAAGCACAGAGCCCAGAGCAGAAACAUCUAAUGGUGAUUCACUGCUUGAGUGGCUCAACACUUUCAGACGCACUGGAAAUGCCACUCGCAGUGGGCAGAGUGGAAACCAGACGUGGCGCGCUGUCAGCCGAACCAACCCCAACAGUGGGGAAUUCCGCUUUAGCUUAGAGAUCAACAUAAACCACGAUCAGCCAGAGCCAGGAGACCAGAAUGACACUAUGGACACAGCAGAAAGGGCAGAUUUGCCAGUGACUGCUCCCAGCCCAGCGGCACCCUCGAUGCGCACGGUUUCAGCCCUCCCCACUUCUCGCCCUCCAGCCCCAUCAAGGCCAGCCCCGUACCCCUCCCCCUGCCCGGCCACCAGUAGAAGGAUGCAGACACGGCGUAUGCGCAGCAGCUCUGCUACGCUUUCUACGAGCCCCUCUGCACUUCCUCCUCCUGAGGCCACCCCAGCCGCUGCUCAGAGUAGGGGCACCAAUUUGCACUCUUUAGCACCUCCUCCCAGUGUUUCCAAUCCUCCUGUUGAACAAACAAUACCAUAUCAACAUCCACCUAUGAAUGUAGAAGUAGAGCAGAGGCAUGAGGAUGUUUCUGCUUCUCUAGACUGUCCCCGGGUGCUGCCACCGUCUGGGUCACAGAUCCCAGCCAUGGGACACGAAUCACGCGGCAGCAGGACUCGAUCCCGUGGGCGUGCGCGCAGGGCUGCAGCAGGCAGCGGGGUCUCAUCCCGGUUGUCACGGCGAAGCCGUUCUCCUUUGCACAGAACCUCUGUUGUCAGUACCCCUCCGCCAUCCAGCAGUAUCCUCAACAGCUCUGCCGCGGACACUGUUGAACCAGGCAGCGUCACUACCUCCGUGUCAAUGGAAACAGGAGAGGUGGUGUCAGAAUCUGCUGCUCUAACCGAGCCGGCCGGAGAGACGGCAGAGCGGGAAAGCGAGUCACACGUAUUAGGAUCAGGAAGUUCAGUGGUGAGGCGGCACCCAACCAUAAUGCUGGACCUGCAGGUCAGAAGGAUUCGACCCGGUGAGAACCGCGAUCGAGACAGCAUCGCAAGCAGAACAAGGUCCCGGGCACGGGUCGCCGAGAACACAGUCACUUUUGAAAGUGACAGCGGUGGAUUCAGACGCACCAUCUCCCGCUCCGAGCGAGCUGGGAUCCGGACCUAUGUGAGCACUAUACGGAUUCCGCUGAGGCGCAUCAGCGAAACGGGCUUGGGAGAGCCCAACUCGACAGCCCUACGCUCCAUCCUGCGGCAGAUUAUGACUGGAUUUGGGGAACUUAGCUCCCUCAUGGAGACAGAAGCCGAUUCCGAAGCUGUGGCUCCGAACCACACAGACAGUAGUGGUAUAAACAACAACAUCAGCCCUGCUAGUCGCCUCCAUGCAAAUGACAGUGUGCCCAGUCAGGUUAGUACAGACGAGGUUGUUCCGGAGAGGGUGGGACUGGUGGGGAGCGAGGACGACCCCAGCGGGCAUUCCAGACUGGGAGGCGCAGUGGUCAGCACCACAGACGGGCGGCCCAGCAGCAGAGACACCAACAACCUGGUGGAGAACGGCACCCUGCCCAUCCUGCGGCUGGCCCACUUCUUUCUGCUGAACGAUGACGAAGACGACGAACACCCCAGGGGCUUGACCAAAGAGCAGAUUGACAAUCUUUCUACGCGUACGUAUGGUCAGGCCAGCCUGGAGGGCGAGAUGGGCCGUGCGUGCAGCGUGUGCAUCAACGAGUAUGCUCAAGGCAACAAGCUGCGGCGCCUGCCCUGCUCCCACGAAUUCCACAUCCACUGCAUUGACCGCUGGCUCUCCGAAAACAACACCUGCCCCAUCUGCAGACAGCCUAUACUCGCAGUGCAUCACGACUGACGGGUUCGCUCAGAAACAUAACCAUCAUGCUCAUGGCUGGCCGAACUGAGCCAACCCAAGUUGGCUUUGCAUGUACAUAGUGCUUUCAUGGUUUGAUUUAUUUGAAAAUAUCCAUUGAGUUGAAGAAGGUUGAACCAAAAGAGUGGAAAAAUAAACUAUAAAUGCAAAGAAUUAACAAAACUUUAUUUUUUUAGGCUUUUUGUUUUCAGCAGCUCAUUUUGUUUCCCCUCCUUCUGUGACUUUGGUUGCUACUCCUUUCAUAAAGCUUCAGAGGUCAAAAGAUGCCCUUUCUGCCUGAGAAGCUCUUAUAGCCACUGCUCAAAUAACUGACUCGUCAGACCACGUGUGACCAAUCUUUUUCCCAACUGGACAAAAGAAAUCACUUACAGACUUGCUUAAAUCAGUAUAGGCUGUAAAUAACUUACCACUGCUUAUGAAGGUUCUGAAGUGAGUCUCAACUUCCAUGCCAACUGCUCAGAAUGGAAGGACAAAGUCUUUUUUUCGCACACUAUUUUAAAGCCUCAGCAUCCAUUUUAAAGUGUCCCUUUACGAUUUGUAAAGAAAUAUAUGAUUUAUUGUCCAUUUUGUAUGAGCUGUGUAUUCAGUUAAGAAGUAAGUUUUAUUCUGCACAUCAACUAGUAUUUUUAAGAGCCUCUAAGACUCAUUGCAGUUUAGAAAUUCAUUGGUCAGCCUCUAAAAGCAGCCACACUGAAGUAAUAAAUGUCUGUGUGAGCAGCACAAUUCAAAUGAAACACAGAAGGCAUGUGAUAAUCAGGGAUUCAGACUUGUUGGUAUGAGUUGUGCAAUAUGGAGAGAAGAGAGUAUUGUUUUGUUGUUUGUUUGUGUUUACAUUGUUCUGCUGGCUGUCAUAUCUUCAAAACAAUGUCUUGGAAGGUUUUCUCUUGGUUUCCGCUGCAUUUCAGUUCACUUUAGCCCAAUAUAUCUUCUGAGCAAAGACCUGGAAAUUAGCAUAGAAAACGUAUUCAAAUAAAACUUUUUUUUUUUUUUAGCUUUUGCAGGUUUCUAGUUGAUUUAGAAAUUCUUACUGCGUUCAUUUGACAGGUGAAGGAAAAUAGUUUAUGUUGACGGCAUCCGAGUCUGUUAACACAAUCUCAUUUGAGCUCCAGUAUGAGUGCAAGACAUGAAUAAGUUAAGAGUUACCACAUUUGUCAAUGCUCUGUAUGGUUUGUUUUUGCAUCACAUGCAUUGAUUCUGCAUUUCUUCCAUGGAAGAGGUGGAUUAUGGACUGAAUCACUCGUUUGACGUGUUCCCACCGGAGCCGCUUUAUCCAUAAACAGUAACAGAAAACAGGAAUGACUACAUCCCUGCAGAUAAUGUCAGUACCAGUACUGCUCGAUUGAUGCAGUAUAGUAUGUAAGAAUGUUUGAGACUGUGGUAAGUGUGUAUGGUUUAAAUGUAAGUGUGCCUGUGAAGGGAAGGCCUAGUCUCUAUUAAACCUGGUUCUCAAAAACCUUCUGUUUAAUGAAUGUCCAACUUCAAGGGGUUAAGGGCAAACAGUUGGGACGUGAAUAUUUAUUGUGCUCCUAUUUAAUAAGAUGGAAAGCGGGCUUUGAAAUAUAAAAUGUGACAUGUUACAAUGUGAUGAGUAAAUAAAACGGCUAUGACGAAUAUGUAUACCAUGUAAUUAAACAAAAAUAUCACUUUUC